CUGGAUCACGGUAUCUUCCUUCCCUUCACUCUCUCCCUCUCUCUAAAAUCCCUUCAAAACCUCUUCUUCUUCAUCAUCAACUCUGUCUUCCUUUCUCCGUGAAUCAUUAUUGAAUUAAGGAAUAACGAAAACCCAAUCUUAAUAUCUCAGUCCCCCAAAAAUUCAUUAUCUGUAUCACCCAAUCAUUUUUCUCCCUUUGAAUUAACUUAGAAACUAGGGUUUGUUUGUGAGUUUAAAAAAAUGGGGAAAAAUCAAGCUUAUAAAGCCAUGCAAAAAGCUAGAUUGGGUUCUGGUUCUGGUGGUCCUGAUGAAGUUGCUGAAGAUGGCAUGAUUGAUGGUUCUUUUCAUUCACCAGAGUGGCAUGCUGCUCGUUUGGCCAGCCUGAAAACUUCUCACACUGUAACCUGGGAAGAGUACAAGAAGAAACAGAAGGAAGAUGAGCUGAAAAGAGGAGAACUGGAGGCUGAUAAAGAUAAAAUGAUGCGGGAGUACAGGGCCCAGCUAGAUGCCGAAAGAGCAAGCAAACUUGCCCAUGGGAGAAAUCAUUCCAGCAGCAAAUCUAGCCAUAAGAAGGAUAGGAAGGAGAAGGAUUUGAAGAAAAAGAGCAGCAGCAGCAGCAAGAAGAGAAAGCGUUCGAGGAGGAGAUCAUCCGAUUCAAGUUCGUCUUCAGAGUCAUCUAGUAGUAGCAGUGAGGACGAGGAGAGAGAACCACGAAGAUCUAAAUCACGGUCAAAGAGAUCGAAAAGCAGUAGCAGUGAGGACGAGGAGAGAGAAUCACGAAGAUCUAAAUCACGGUCAAAGAGAUCGAAAAAGGAGAAAAGGCACAGAUCAAGAAGAAAGGAAUCCAGCGAUAGUGAAGAGGAAUCUGAUGGUCCCUUGCCGCUCUCUAAGUUCUUUGGCAAUGGGAAGUCCUAACUUAUAUCCAGAGACUUUCUGCUACUUGGCGAAGAGUGUAAGAUGGAAGGGCUCCAUCAGUUCUCAAUAAGUCGAUUAUUUCUUUAUCUAUCCUCUCUUUUUGUUGGAUGAAAACCGAUCCUCAUCGAAGAUAUUAGCUUGUAUUUUGUUCCGUCUUUUCCUUCUGUUACAAAUUCACAAUAGAUCCUAGUGAUUAUGGUGAGCACUGGAUUAACAACUUUGUAAAAUACCACCAGUACCAUACUAUGUUAUUAAACCAUCUUCUGUAGAAUAAUUUGAAAAAAUUUCUUCAGACUU